AUGAUGAACGCCAUGCGCGAGACCGCCUCCCCAGAGCCCGAGGCCGGAAGGAGAUCGACGAGCGUUGACCUACUCUCCUCGGGGACCCUGGUGCCAACCAUGUUCGGCGCGCCGCCGCCGCCGCCAUCGUCUACGACGAUAUCGCCGUCGGCGUCCCUGGAGGCACCGCCGGCGGGCACGGCGGCAGCGGUGCCGGCGACGACGGGAGCUUCCGCCGCGGCGACGCCCCCGACGCCGCCACCACUGCCGCCGCGCCCGGCGGCGGCGAUGCAGGGUCCCGCGAGCGCCGCCGUCGCGACGCCACAGUGGCCGUGGCUGUUGCCUGACCGGGAUGCGGCUGCUGAUGCGGCAGAAGCGGCGGGCAACGGGACCGAUCUUUUGCUCUCGUUCUCGCCCGCGGGGUCUCCGAGCAGGAGCCCGAUCGAACGAGGGAUGGCGGUCUCGGCGGUGUUGGCAUCGGUGUCGCCGUCGGCGGCUCCUUCCUCGCACGGAAGGGGAUCGUCGACGCCACCUCAGUUGAGGGUACAGGAACAGCAGCAGAUGACGAGGGGCUCGUUCUCGAUACGAGAGGCGAUGUUCGUGAGCGCCGCGGCGGCAGCACCAGCAACUUCGCCCGCCCGGGGCCCCGAGCGUGAGUUCUCGUUUUCGAGCCGGGACGCCGCGCGUCUGCCUUCGAUCGGCGGCACUCACCCCGGAUACCUCGCCGCGGCAGAAGCGGCGGGGGCUGCAGCGGCCGCGGUGGAAGCCGGAGAAGCAGCGGCGGCGGGAGCGCAGGCGGCGGGGGAGGCUGCCACGGUGUCAGACUUCGCAUCUGGCGGCGGGCGCGGGCGCGCGGGGGGGGAAUCUCCGCGGCCUCGCCUGCACGGACGGCUGGACGCGACAUCGGCGGCGGCGGCGGCCGAACGCCCGCGAGCGGUAACCGCUCGGGGCGUGUCGCAGGAGGAGUCUCUCACUGCGGAGCAGGCGCAGGCGAUCAUCGACGCGGCGGACAUGGCGGCAGCUGAAGCGGUAGUCGCGGCUGUCGAGGCCCAAGAGGCGAUCGCCGUCGCCGCGGCCACGUCACCGUCGAGGACGGCGCCGGGUAUUGUGGUUUCGGCGACGGCGGCGGGGACGGGGACGGGGAUUGCGGCGGCGGCGACGGUUUCGCAGCCGGAGUCCGCCGUGCGGCGCAUCUUGCGGAACGAGGCCGGCGACGACGGGGACGAUGCGACGGCGGUGUCGGCGCCACCAGCGAUAAGACGCGUGCAAGCGCCACCUCCGCAGCUAGCGGCGGCGAUCCCUAGCGGCGGCGGCGGCGGUGGCAGCGGUGGAGCGAUCAUGUCGGAGGAGGAAGAAGUGGCGGCGGCAGUGGCGGCGGUGGCGGAGCUGGAGGCGAGGGACCGCCUGAAUUCAGGCUCAGUGAACGUCGAAGUGGCAGGCCCGGUCGUCCAGCGGGGACGGGCGAACAGCGGCGCGGGAGGAGCCGGAACGUUGAGGUGCGCCCUGUGCAUGUCGACCAACGUGUCAGCCGUGCAUCCUCCUGGCGGCAACACCCGUCGGAACGGCAACAGCAGCAGCAGCGACAAGAACUGCCGCAACUGCUGGAGAGUCGUGUGCGACGACUGCAUCGGGACGUUCUGGGCCAGAAACAUGGUGCCGCCUCGCUACGCCUCGGAAGGUGACGGUUUCAGGAUGCGGGUUUGCAAGACCUGCAACGCGGCGAUGGAGGCGUUCCGGACGGCGCUCCUCCUGGGGCGGGCGGAGGACGCCAUGUCCGCCUAUAGCACCGGCUGCGUUAACCUCGACCGCCCGUACACCGUCUUCCACGGCGAGCUUCCCGUCCACUGCGCUGCAGCGGGUGGCAACGUGGGCCUCCUGUCCUGGCUGGUUGAGGAGCUGGGCUGCUCGAUCUUCACGGACAGCGACAAGAAGGUGCCAAUAAGGGACCUGAGGUCGCUGACCGUUCUCGGCGCCGCGGCGGUGAACGGGCAGGUGCAGGCCAUGCGCUACCUGGUGAACCAGCAGGGCUGCUCCGUCUUGGAGAUCAAGCACCUGCCGACGCUGAAGAUAGCUCUGGACGCUUGUCUACAUGGCUCCGCCAAGACAAGGGUGACCCUCGAGUUACAAUCUGGCGACUAUGUCGUUGGUAGGUAGUGUUCAGUUUUUUGUUGCUGUGGUCGUGGUGGUUUCGCCGUCGCUGUCGCAUGAUGCAGCAUGUGUGAGCCUAGGUAUUGCCUUUAAUUCCGUACAGACCUACCUGGCGAGGCUUCCGUAGAGCAGCAGGCGAACAUUUCCACGGAAUCGAAAGCGAAAUGAACAGAUGUGCUUGAGUUGCACUCACAUCUUGCGUCAUACGAAAGGUCUUAUGAUUCCACAGGCUACCUGCAGAGCACGGUCUUGGAAGGAGAAGAUGUUUUGUGACGGAAAUCGAAGCAGGAUGGUACUAUUGCCUCAUCCACCCAAAAAUUGUGUCAGGGCAAACAAUAUGUACCUUGUCGAGUAAGAGGGCCCGCGAGCGAAAGAGAGAUAGGCGAAGAAAUCGGCAGAUUGAAUGAAUUUUGUAGGAGCUAGCCGCCGCGUCUGCUUUGGUUGGUCCGUGGUGCACAUAUCCUAUGUGACCCCGGUUCGGUCGUCUAGCUAGUAGAAGUGGAGGAUGGAGGCCAGAGGGGCAGACGACAGAGGGAGAAUAUCUAUGUAUAUAUAUUUGUAUCUGGCCGCUCUGCCAUGACAACACGAAAGGCCACGACGAAACGGAAUUGGCAACGCUUUAGCAUUGCAGUGGCUGCCCUUUCACCGUUUGUAUUCAUUCGUCCGCCUUGUUCGUGGUGUAACCUGCGGCAUGAUCUCUCGAUGGAUCGGGUCAGGGAAUACAUUAUAUCGGUCGGACUGUUUUUUCUGCCUCGACUG